AUGCGGUUCCGCGUUUGUGGGCUGACCUUAAAUGAGCUCUUUGCAUAUCGGGUGCCGCUCCAGGCGGUGGUCAAGGACUGUCGCCUGGGGAUGCUGAACUAUGCGCUGAUGAUCGGGAUUUUCGUUUAUGUCAUGGGCUUCCAGAUCAUUUAUCAAUGCAGAUACUUGGUGAAGCCUGAUAUCGAGCUCUCCAUGAGGACGACUUUAAGAGCUCCACACCAGGCCACGCCCUUCGAGGAGCUCCCCUACUGCUGCAUUCAAACAAGCGUGAGCUCAACCUGUGGCCCAGAGCAGCUGGCAUGCCGGCGCUACAAGGGACAGUCUGUGCUUCAUUCCAGCGAGGAAGCCUUGACGGUGGUGACCCGUAGGCGCAUCAGAUCCGAAGUCAUGGACCAAGACGAGUUUGUGGCGGACCUCGAGAGUUUCACCUUGCUCUUGGAGCCCACGGUCUUCAGUAUCGCCAAAGAGCCGGUACAUGAGACCCAGGUGAUGCCGGGGAACGCCAUGCGCGAAGCCUUGGACACUCCAUCCAAUCUCGCGGGAAGAGUCACGGACCAUGCGCCCUGUGACCUGGAGCAGGGGAGCAGGGCCGUGCGGACGCGUUCAAGUAUGUUCAAGUUGGCGGGUAUCUUGCUUGAUUUUCAGGUAGGCUACAUCAAGGCUGAUUUGAUGCACAACGGCAAUGAGAUCUUCAAGAUCUCCACGCUGCUCCGUGCCAUGGGCCUAAGCCUGGAGACUCAUCGGGCGGCACACAAUGAGACCAUUCGUCAUCGGGGCCUUGUGGUGAUGCUGCUCAUGGACAUUCAUAGCUAUGAGUACGGCCACGGCCUUUUGAAGGAGCCAUUCUUCGUUCUGAAGCCAAUUCCAGCCAACAGGUCGGAGUUUGGUAACACUGGGGCGGACACAGAGAUCAUCAUUGAUGACUAUGGACUUCAUUUUCUGGUCCAGCCCGGAGGCACCCUUGCACACUUCAGCUUCAACCAGUUCUUGGAGGAGGUGACGACGAGUCUUGCAUUGCUGGCAGCCAGCGGCAUCGUGGUGAAGUUCCUGGCAGUCUAUCUUUUCCCUCUGGGUGGGGUCUAUGAUGAGGCCAUGACCAAAACCAGCCCAGACAUUCAUCGUGUGGAGAAGCUGAUGCAGAUGAGUCAAGAAGAGCUGCAGCAACAGCAUCAGUCGAUCUUUCCCCAUCGUCGCUGCGCCGCUUUCUUUGCAUGGUGA